AUGGCGCCGGUGGGCGGGGGCGGGCGCCCGGGCGGCGGGCCGGCCCGAGGGCGCCUCCUCCUGGUGGCGCCGGUGCUGCUGGUGCUGCUGUGGGCGCGGGGGGCCCGCGGCCAGGGCGACCCCCAGCGGAGCGCGAUCCUGGGCAUGAGGCUGGCGAGCUGCAACAAAUCGUGCGGGAUGAACUCGGAUGGCAUCAUCUUCGUGUCCGAGGGCAGCACGGUGAACCUGAGGCUGUACGGCCAGAGGCUGGGCUCCCUCUCCAGCAACCUGAUCUCCUUCACCGAGGUGGACAACGCCGAGACCAUCCACAACUCCACCAGCUGCCCCGAGCUCACCAAGGACCUGGUCGUCCAGAAGCUGGUCAACGUGAGCCGCGGGGACACGUCCGGGAUGCUGGUGGUGCUCACUAAGUUCCUCCGGAGGAGCGAGAACAUGAAGCUGUAUGCGCUGUGCACCCGCGCCGGCGUGGACGGACCCUGGCAGAAGUGGACGGACAAGGACUCGCUGCUCUUCAUGGUGGAGGAGGCUGGGAGGUUCCUGCCCCUCUGGCUGCACAUCCUCCUCAUUUUGGUGCUGCUAGUGCUGUCGGGCAUAUUUUCUGGCCUCAAUCUGGGGCUUAUGGCCCUGGACCCCAUGGAGCUGAGCAUCGUGCAGAACUGUGGCACUCAGAAGGAGAGGCGCUAUGCCCGCAAGAUCGAGCCCAUCCGACGCAAGGGCAACUACUUGCUCUGCUCCCUGCUCCUGGGAAACGUGCUGGUCAACACCUCCCUCACCAUCCUUGUAGAUAACCUCAUCGGGUCUGGGCUGGUGGCCGUGGCCUUCUCCACCAUAGGCAUUGUCAUCUUUGGGGAGAUUGUGCCUCAGGCCCUGUGCUCCCGACAUGGGCUGGCUGUGGGCGCGAACACUAUCAUUCUCACCAAAUUCUUUAUGCUACUCACCUUCCCCCUCAGUUUCCCCAUCAGCAAGCUCCUGGACUUUUUCCUGGGUCAGGAGAUCCGCACCGUUUACAAUCGGGAGAAGCUGAUGGAGAUGUUGAAGGUGACGGAACCCUAUAAUGACCUCGUGAAAGAGGAGCUGAACAUGAUCCAGGGGGCCCUGGAACUCCGGACCAAAACCGUGGAGGAUAUCAUGACCCAGCUGCAGGACUGCUUCAUGAUCCGGAACGAUGCCAUCCUGGACUUCAACACCAUGUCGGAGAUUAUGGAAAGCGGCUACACGCGCAUCCCCGUGUAUGAAGACGAGCAAUCCAACAUCGUAGAUAUUCUCUACGUCAAAGACUUGGCCUUCGUGGACCCCGAUGACUGCACCCCCCUCAAGACCAUCACCCGCUUCUACAACCACCCAGUGCACUUCGUCUUCCAUGAUACCAAGCUGGAUGCCAUGCUGGAGGAGUUCAAGAAGGGGAAGUCCCACCUGGCCAUCGUGCAGAAGGUGAACAACGAGGGCGAAGGUGACCCCUUCUACGAGGUGCUGGGCCUGGUCACCCUGGAGGACGUCAUCGAGGAGAUCAUCAAGUCCGAGAUCCUGGACGAGUCUGAUAUGUACACUGACAACCGAAGCCGGAAACGGGUAUCUGAGAAGAACAAGCGUGACUUCUCAGCCUUCAAGGAUGCUGACAAUGAACUCAAGGUGAAAAUUUCUCCUCAGCUACUUCUGGCUGCUCAUCGCUUCCUGUCCACGGAGGUUCCCCAGUUCAGCCCCUCUCUGAUAUCGGAGAAGAUCCUGCUGCGGCUGCUCAAGUACCCGGACGUCAUUCAGGAGCUCAAGUUCGAUGAGCACAACAAGUACUACGUCCGCCAUUACCUGUACACCCGCAACAAGCCGGCCGACUACUUUAUCCUCGUCCUGCAGGGGAAGGUGGAGGUGGAGGCCGGGAAGGAGAACAUGAAGUUUGAGACGGGCGCCUUCUCCUACUACGGGACCAUGGCCCUGUCCUCGUCCCCCUCUGUGCCUUCCACCCUGGUCAGGUGUCCGCCUGGCAAGCGGAACUCCCUGCUCUCCCGGCUCUCAGACCGCUCCCCAUCCCACCCCGCACCCCUCAGCCGCUCGGCCUCCCUGAGCUACCCGGACCGCUCAGAAACGGCGUCGAGCACGGCCCCCUUGGCAGGCAGCAGCCAGUUCGGCAGCUCCAUCCUGGGCCAGUACACCUCCGACUUCAGCGUCCGGGCGCUCAUGGACCUCCAGUACAUUAAGAUCACCCGGCAACAGUACCAGAAUGGGCUGCUGGCCUCACGCAUGGAGAACUGCCCCCAGUUCCCCCCGGAUGGGUGCACCAUCUGUACCGAGAACUUGACCGACAAGUCCGAGCUGCCCCUGGUGGACGAGACCACGACUCUCCUGAACGAGCGCAACUCCUUGCUGCACAGAACCUCCCUCGAGGGCGCCAUCUGACGGGAGGGCCCGGGGUCCCCCGCCAGCCCCGCGGGGGCCUCCCCAGUGGGCCCACACGAAGACAGGGAGCCUGUUAGGCCGGAAGGGGUACAGAUAGCCUGUCUGACUGAGCAGCCAGAUGGCCCCCGACCCGAGGGGGAUCUGGCCUCCGACAGGGACCUCUGAACAGCUCCGAGCUGGCGGCUGCCCACCCUGGACUGUGGGGCAAUGGGCCGGCGACCAGGAGCGCUUCUAAACUAGGCUCAUCUCACCUCUUUUUAAUACCAUAUGGGGAAGGGAAGACAGGGUUAAGGAACUUUAUUUAAAAACAAUUUUUUUUUUUUUCCACAAAAACUUUAAAAGGGGUAGGGUUUCUCACCCCGGGAAGCGAUAGCCAUAAUCUGCUCGCAGCCGGGACUUUUUGGCUAUGUCCCUGACUCAGGAAGCCUCCUCUUUCUGCUUCUCCUCCGCCUCCUCCAGAGAUGGCAUCCCACGGGCCUGCUGGAGGAAGGUUUUCCCUUGGGAGGGAAGAAAGUUCUUCCCAGGAAGCAAAGAACCAAAUAGUGCUGAGAACAAUUGCCCGGACACGCGCUGAGGCUCGCCUGGUGUCACCGAGGCCGAGGGAUUCUGGGAACCGUGAUCAGGGACGUGACACUCGCAACUGCGGAGAGGAGCACUCCUCCUCCUGGUAAUCGCUGGACCCAGGAAUCUCCUAGAACUCUGCUGAUGGGCUCUCCUGCCUGUGAGUCCUGUUACCCCAAGUGCUCUGUUGGGGACCAGGAAAUGUCUUGCACCAAGUAUACUGGCCCCUGGUCAUUUUAAAGUUCUUCCAGACACAGAAUUGAUUCCUACAAGUCUGCAGAGAAGGUGGUGACAGCCAUGGGUUCUCAAGCCAUAAGGAAAAAAGACACCAGACCUUUGGCCCCCGUUGGGGCCUGAAAACCCCUCAGUUUUCUCCAGAAGCAGCUUGCUUUCCGAGUCCACACAGGGGCUCGCAGAGCUGAAUUCCUGGGACCUGAGUGCCAGGUGGAGCAGACUCACGGCCUGAACUGAGUGUGUGUGAAGCCAAAGGAGCAGGUGCACACACUUCCACGGCUACCUCUUUGCACGCACAGUUACUUUCAAGAGAUGGUCCCGCCUCCCCUCCUCUUCCUGUCCCCAUUUAUAAUCACUUUGUGCAGAGGGUCAUGAUUAUUUCCACAUAUUACUGGUCCGAUGACUUCCUCCUCCCAGUGCAAUUUUUCACCUCCUAUUCCAAUCUCUCGUUCCUGGGCUGAGCAGUACCCUGACCUGGCCCAGCCCUGCGUGUCUACCCGUGGAAGGGAGACCUUCGCAAACGGCCCCUGGAUGGGUAGGCGAGUUACAGCCACCGUAGCAAAUAACUCAUAUUUAUUUUGCAUAAGAUUUUAAUUUGUAUAUUUUUGUGAUUUAUUUUGGCAUUGUUAUGAGUUUGACUCUCGGGGAGUUUUGUUGUUAUGACUCUUGUGUCUUUUGUCACAAAACAAUGAUAAUAUUUGCUAAACGAUAUAUGGAAUUUAUUUUUGAUUGGUAAUAAAAAAAGAAAUAUGUAUAAAUCUU